CGUUUGAGAGGUAGACAAGCCACAGAAUAGGCCACACACCUUCACGCAAAGAGUCGUCAUCGGAGACGGUCUUUCUUCCUCCGCAAAAAAAGUAGUGAUCUAUCGCGCGCGUUAGCUGUCAAAAGUGGUAUAAAGUGGUGACCAACGAAGCCUACACGGUGGGCGGAUAGUGGAAUAAUCGAGGGGGUCGAAUCGCGGGAUUUAGUAUUCCCGGUGAGACGGAUUUGGCCGUGGCUUGUCCCGGAAAAAAGAAGAUCCGGAGGCCACACUCACACAUACCAGAGGAGGGAGAUCUUAUUUUCUCACUUGUGUGCGGUACCGACUUGGACGGAUUACGGGCAAAUGGGAAACCGUACUGUACCGAGUACCGACAGGAAUUUGGUGAAUAACUGCUUUUAGACGGGCGACGUUGCCUACUGUGAUGAGUUGACUCGUACGAACCAGUUUGAAAAGAGGCUAGUGACGAUGGAGUCCGCGAACCAGGAACCGGCCGAUGAUCCGGUUCCGCCGAAGUGAACCUUAGUCGAAGAACCUCCAUCGCCAGUGGAAUAAACCAAUUUUGCGAGAAAAAAAAAGUAUAAAACAAACGUAAACAGUGAGACUGGUCGGAACAACGAAUCCGAAAAACUAGCAUUAGAACUAAACAAAACCCCCCCUCUAAAAUGACUUCGUGUGCCCUCGCGCAAGCUACGUGAAAACAAGUGAAACUAAAUCUAGCGAACCAAGUUUCAAGUUAAAGUGAACUCCCGCCCCCCAACCGAUGGACUCAUCUCAGGGCGCGAACCUAGCGCCCGGCCAAGAGAUUCGAGUCGUCAGUGCCUCCGUAGUGGCCCAGCUGCAGGCCCAGGGAUUGCAGGGCAAUGAACUCAACGCGGCGAUUAUGGCUGCUUCGCAGCCCCAAAGCGCAACGCAACAAGUGUUGCAGCAGCAACAACAGCAACAGCAUCAGCAGCAACAAGCCCAGCAGCAAGCCCAACAGCAAGCCCAGCAACAGGCUCAGCAGCAAUCUGCGGUCCAGGCGCAGAUGCAGCAACACCAACAAGCUGUCCAGCAGCAACAGGCUUCUGCCGUAGCAGCCGCCCAACAACAGCAGCAGCAGCAACAGGCGCAAGCCCAGCAACAGAGCCAGCAGCAGCAACAGCAACAGCAACAAGCUCAGCAGCAAGCGGCUGUGGCGCAACACCAGGCCCAAAUGCAGCAGGUUCAGCAGCUUACCCAGGUCGCGCAACAGCAGCCCCAGGUGAUUACUCUGCAGCAGUUGCAGAACUUCUUGCCCCAGCAUCAGCUGAACACGCUCACGACUGCCGACGGAACGCCGGUGCAGGUGGCGCAAACGUCCGCGAACACCACCCCGGUGGGAACUCCAGUCAAGACGUUCGUCACGUCCCCGCAGCAGAUCCAGCAGCCGCAGAUUCUGAACCUGCAGGGACUGCCCCAGCAGUUCCUCCAAGGAGGCCAGCUCAUCCAGAAUCCCAACGGAAUGUUCCAGAUGGUUCAGCCGCUGCAGACGAUCAACGUGGACGGGCAGGAGACGCUGUUCGUGCCCGGUGGCAUCCAGAACAACCAGCUCGCUGGCGCCCAGGCGGUGCAGAUCAACGGCCAGCAGGCGUUCCUAACCCCGUCCGGGCAGCUGAUACGGGCGCCCAAUGGAGUUAUCCCUGGAAACUUCCUGCAGAACAUGGCCCAAGCCGUGCAGCUUCCCAACGCUGGUCAGGCUACGCUUUCUAUCCCGGGAACUAAUAUAACAAUCCCCCUGGGACCAAGCACGGCAAAUGUUCUAGCGCAGCAGCAGCAACAGCAACAGCAAGCUCAGCAACAGGCUCAAAAUCAGCAGCAGCAACAACAGCAGCAGCAGCAACAGGCGCAAUCCCAACAGCAGAAUCAGCAACAAACUGCGCAACAGCAGAAUGUCCAGCAGCAACAGCAGCAGCAGCAGAUACAGGUUCAGGCGCAACAAGCUUCCCAGAUUCAGCAGCUUCAACCGGCGACCAUCACGAUCCCCGGUACCAACAUCCAGAUACCGAACUCGGCCGUAACCGCUCAGAACAUUUUGCCUAACAAUAUAACUACCAUUAAGCUGGAAGGAGGUCAAAAUGUGCAAGUCCGACCGGCCGGUGGGAUGCCCCAGAUGGUGCAGUUCCCGAUGCAGCAGACCAUUCCGGUGCAGGUGCCCAUCUCCACCGGCAACGGUCAAACGGUCUACCAAACCGUCCACGUGCCAAUACAAGCAAUCGGCUCGGCGUACGUCCAGCCGCAGAUGCAAGUGAUACCCCAGAUCCCCCAAGUAGCUAAUAUCAUCACCCCGAACGGCCAGAUCCAGCAGGUUCAGCUAACGUCGCUAAACUCGCUGGCCGGACUGCAGGCAGCUCAAGCGCAGCAAAACAUAAUCCUCCAGCAGCCGCAAAACCUAGCCCAAGCACAGGCCCAGAUGAACGCGGCCAACUCCAUGGUAUCCGGAAUGCAAUCCGCACCAACGGUCCAAUCGGCCGGCACCCAGGAUGGAACCCAGCAAGCCCAGAACCAGCAGCAGCCCCAACAGCAGCAGCAGCAACCCCAACCCCAACCAAUCACGAUCGCCGGUCCCCAAGUCGGCCAGCAGAUUACGGUGAUACCGUCGAACAGCCUGCCCCAGCUGCGCCAAAACGCGGCCAACAUCAUCCAGAUGCCAAACAUACCGGGCCUGCAGGCCAUCCCGGUCCAAAACAUCCCCGGCAUCGGAAACGUCCAGGUGAUCCCGACAAAUUUCAUGCAACCGGUUCAACCGCAAACAGUGGCGUCGCAGCCUCAGUUGAACCCGGUCAAUCAAGCAGGGCAAACUAUCUCCCUUCAGCAGGCAGCGGCGCAUCAAUUAUCAAAUAUAAAGCCGGAUCCAAGCGACCCCGGUAAGUGGUUCAUCAAGCAGGAGGCAAUCCCGAUCGCACCACAACCGGCCCCCCCAUCCGGCGGCAACACCAACACCAGUGGCAGUGGUACCAGUGUUGCCAUCUCGACGGCAAACGUCAACAUCCUCCCAGCACCGUCCCCCCAACCCCCAACCACGACGACCACCACCACCCCAACCACCCACCACCACCAGAUCAAGGGCGAAAUCGUCGCGUCGCCGCAAACAACCUCGGUCAACGUGAACAUCAGCGUCGCCGACAACACUGGCAGCAGUGGCAACGAGCAGGUUCCGAAACCCCGCGUCCGCCGGGUUGCCUGCACGUGUCCCAACUGCGAAACCAAGGGCGAGGGGCCGCCCGAUCGCAAGAAGCAGCACAUCUGCCACGUGAGCGGCUGCAACAAGGUGUACGGCAAGACGUCCCACCUGAGGGCGCACCUGCGAUGGCACACGGGUGAACGGCCCUUCGUGUGCUCGUGGAUGUACUGCGGCAAGCGGUUCACCCGGUCGGACGAGCUGCAGCGGCACCGGCGCACCCACACCGGCGAGAAGCGCUUCCAGUGUCCGGAGUGCAACAAGAAGUUUAUGCGCAGCGACCACCUGUCCAAGCACAUCCGGACGCACAGCAAGCUGAAAAAGGACCACGUGCGGUACCUGCUCGAGUUGGGCGAUUCGAUGAAAUCGGGUGUGCUGAGUGACGAAGGCGAGGAGGACGACAUGGACAUGGACGAGGAGGACCUCAAGCCGGAGGAGGAGGACGACGAGGACAGCGACCCGGUUCCGUUGGGGCAGCUUGCCAAGCCCAAGCUGGAACCGGGCAUGCCUCAGCGGCCAGCUGCGAUGGCAGUUACGACGCUUUCAAGUCCAAACUCCGCGAUGGGACUGAUGAUGGCCGGCGGUCCUGGCGGGGCCGCCGCCGCCGGUACCGUCCAACCGGUCGCCGUAUCCAACGGGUCGAGCACCGGAAUCGUCUGGAUUGCGUCCGGCUCUUUGCUGGGUUUGCAACAGCCUCAGCCGCCGCCACCACCACCACUCUACAGCAUCAAACAGCUCAACAACUCGCAGGAGGUGGCCAACUCGGCCGCGUCCGCGUCCUCGGACAGCAACGACAGCUCGGACGAGAAGAUGAUGAUCACGCUCGGCAACGACGACGCGGACCAGUCGAUCGACUCGAACUAGCACAUCGAAACGCUGUCCCUGCAGCAGCUUACGUCGUUCGCCGGCUGUGGGCUACCCGUGUACGGACAGUUGUAGGGUGGGGUUGGAGAGGAACGGAACGGAACGGCGGAAGGAGGUGGAAGUAUCACCGAGGUUUCGAACAAAAAUAUCUUAGAUAGCGAGAGCAUUUCCACAGCAUCCUGGUUGAGUCAUUCGUUGCAGCUUUUUUAGUUUCGUUCAAGCGUACUUUCACUUUUUUAAAAACUGUUCUUGAAAAACCUUGGCUUUUAGAAAAAUGUCUAGAAUUUUCUAAAAUCCAAUGUUUUGCCACAAAAAAAGGUGAUCAAAAAUAUCAAAAUGCUGAAGGAGCCAUUACACUACCGCAAACAAACAUACAAACUCGCACUUUUUCGUGUUUGACAGUUUCGCAAACUUGUUUGCGGCAAACUCGCAAGAAGGCAAAAUGUAUGCAGGCUGACGUUUGUACAAACAAAUCCAGCAAACAAACAAAGCAGGCAAACUGGCAAACUGUCAAAAAGUGCGAGUUUGUUUGUUUGCCGUAGUGUAAUACCUCCUUGAGAAGAGCUCUAUCAAUCAGAAGUUACAGGCAUUAUUUUUGUAAAAAUCAAACCGGUAUAAUUUCUUCCAUAAAACCGACCUUGUUUAAUUAAUAAAAUUAAUAACAAAACAUUUUUUUGAUUUUGUGGAUGAAACAUAACAAAUUACGUCGACGGACUACCAAAAUAUAGUUGGUCACCAAAAUGUUGACCAUCUAUCAUUUGAUAUUUCGUCGAGCUUUUGACAGUCUUCUCGAAUACGAUUUCAUUAAAUUUUACAAACUGAUAAAAAAAGAGUCGACUUUUUAUCCAUUAGAGAGCAUCUCGCGAUCAAAGGAUGAUAUCGUAUUCUGCUCUUUUGAGUAGAGUAACAGAAUGUACAGAAAAAAAACAUGUAAAAAAAAAUACGAGAAUGUGACCCGACACGCCGGCUUUUUAGUCCAAAAUGUUGUUAAAUCUGCCGGCUAGGCAAGCCUACCCGAAAGGAUCCAGUAUCGAAAUCGAACCAAUUUCUUACCUAGCAGCCCCCCGCCCCUUCGAAGUUCGUGUAUUUGUAAGAUCGCAGACUAGGGUUAAAAAACGCGCGUAGGAAUAAAUUACCCCCUUUUUUUUUGCUAGCACCAAUAUGUGUAUUAAUUUAACUUAUUUUUAGCCUGUAGUAACAAAUUGUUGGUUUUAUUAAGUUGUUUGGUGGCCACACGGCCCCGGAAUCAAAAAAGCAGAAAUUGUAAGAAGAAGAAAAAAAAAACAGGAAAUUUUACGUACCUUGAAUUUUAGGUUAAAUGUACUUUUUGUGUCUUCAGGUCGGCAGUUGAAUCAUUUUUAAAUCUGUAUUAUAGAAGUUGUGCGAAAAUAGCUACGCGUCGCGUACCGAGCGUAAAUAAAAACCGAAAACAAUAAAUCGAAACAUUUUAAUAUUUUUCAAAAUA